GCCAUUGCUACCAAUCGACACUUUCCAAGAAAUUCAUCGCACCUGUGAUGCCGAUCGUUCCGGGAGCCAGCUUGGCAAAGAGAAGGAUUCCUGUUGUUCAGGAGAAGACGGGUGCAGGAAAGCAGGUGCAGCGAUCAUCAUCAUCAGCAGUGACAACAUCAGCAUCAGCAUCAGCAUCGUCCUUAACGCCAUCGUCGUUGUUACCGUCAUCAUCGUCGGCAUCGCGUCAAGCCCCGAAGAAAAACACUUCUUCAUUGUCAUCCGCGACACCACCGUCAUCUACAGCUUCAGAUGGCGGUCGACAGUGGACAGAAGACGUGAAGGGCAUGAAAGGGGGCAAGUACAGCAACACUGAGUCAAAGAUUGUGGUUGAUGCGAUCAAGAGCUAUGCCUCCGCCAACGCCAUCACCGUUGAGUCUCUAUGCCAAGAUGGGAGUCGCUCAGUAGGCUCGAAGAGGGCAUGGCUUUCCAUCGCCAACUGUUUGCCCGAUCGUUCAGUCCAGUCCAUCUACCGCCACGGGAUUCGUCAGCUGCACGGCAUGAAGAUGGGGCCAUGGACUGACGAAGAGGUGGCUCAGUUGAAGCUCUUGGUGAGCACACACGGCAACAAGUGGUCGGAGAUCGGAAAGAAAGUCGGCAGGAGCGCCGACGCUUGCAGGGACAAGAGCCGAGAGCUAAUUCCAACGCCACAAGAAGGCCCCUGGACUGAGCAAGAGGAGAAGCUUUUAAACAAGCUCAUCAUGGACCGGAUGGAGUGCAGUGAAGACAUGUCGGAAGUGAUGCUGACGGGCGAUGAGGAUGUCGACGUACCGUGGGCAGAAGUGGCCAGGAUAAUCAAGUCCAGAAACCGCAUUGCCUGUCGGAAAAAGUGGGACUACCUACAGAUGCAGCGCCGGCAGAAACGGCAGUACGUUCGAGACACCAGCGGCAGCGCAGCUAGCGUCAACUUGGCGUUUGUCAAAGCAAUCAUAGACACCGGGGCUGCCGACGAGAGCGAGUUGAAUUGGAGCAGCUUGCCGUACCCGCGAGCUAACCUCAAGUGGAAGAACCUGCGAGAGCGGGAGCUGCAGGCUCCAAACGCCAACUUGCAGUUCCGAGAGGCGUUAAUUGCAGUGAGAGGUCGGCUGCAGAGGAAAUUCGCCGACGAGAAGAAGACCAUGGACCAACGCGCCGAAGCGGCACCGAUUUCUGCCGCGGUAGCUGCUCCUACCGUGGCUUCUCCAUUGUCCGCGGGAUCAGGCGGCGAGAACGAUUCGACCAAGCAAAGCAAGGAGAGAAAAAAGAGAAGGAAGAAGGCGGGAGGGCAACGAGGGCAAGGGGAGGACCGCAAGACCGGCAAAAUGAAAAGAGAGAUGGUACGAUGCGAAGCGCAGCAGGAUGACAGCAAGAGUGUUGAACCAUGCGAAAACAACGGCAAGGAGAAAAAACGCCGAAAAAUGAAACGAGAAAAGGAGGGGGAGAGGGAGCCAUCUCCCAGGGUUGACGGAAGCAGCGAAAAGAAGCACAAGAAGAAAAAAAAGAAGAGCGUGAAGCGAAAAUAGGACGAAUUGCAAGAUUAGUGUCGAGGCAGCAGGGCCAGGAGAAGGAUCUCGUCGGGUGAGUCCUCAGUCCUUCGUGCAUGUCUAGAAAAUAUGCAUACAAGGCCACAAGAGACUGUCCGUUCGAGGCGUGACCGCAGUGCAGUUAGUGGGAGAAUACGGCUGGAUACUGGGCUUAUUUUGAGUCUAUUUUUGAGGUGUUUCAACGUCAAUGGCGGCGCAUAGCAGUAGCUGCCGCCACCCGCUGGUUGUGUUUUCGACUAAAUCGCUGGCGGUCGAGCUGUCUGCUUCCUUCUCUUGUCGAUCUCGCCCUUCCUAUGCUGGCGUUAUGGUCGCCAUACAUUACCCUCGUUUUGAGUUGUGGCAGUGGUUUCCUUGAAGCUGAUGUUUAGCAUACCACUUCAACACUUGCGUAGGUCGCGUAGAGUAGAUCGAUCGACUUCCCUCGUCUGUUUGUCGAGGGCUCGCUGUCUUCCCUGUGUUGUUAGAUAGCUUGUCAACUGCGUUUAUUCUACCUUGGCUGGUCAUACACCUUUUUUUGCAAGAGGGGCCUGGUCGCUGUCUCAUGGUCUUGUGUGUAUUUGUAAAGUCUGUUGGCCGGCGUUAGCGAGUCGCACGUUGCACCCCAAGUACCAGAGCACGCUACACCCAACGCGGUGGGGAGGUGCUACAACUGUAGAGGGUCGCGACGGGACGGAGUCAUCCUGCUACAGUAAUUUAUUGUACCCCAUCUUGGAUUAGGGCUAGUGUUUAUGA